CAGCAGAAGAGUAGACCUACAACAUCCGGGCAAUAGCCAGCUCACGCAGAAACGGAAUGGCGGAGGAGAGUGGGAGGCUCCUGAGGCUGGCCCCAUGACCAUCAGAGGCACAGACAUGAAAGACAGCAGCCAAAGAUCAGCGAGUCCUUAAAGGAGGACUCCCCUCACCCAUGGAGAUGGCAGCCCAGGCCCCCACUGCCAGUGAGCCGCUGGAGCAGCUACUGGCUCUGUACAGAUACACAGAGAAAGAGUCGUGUCACCUGGCUGCCAGCCUGCCACACACAGCUCUUCACAAGGGCUUUGUUCCGGAGGAGGAGGAAGAGGAGCUGUCAGGGGAUGACCCCUCAGUCACUUCAAACACCUCGGAUCAACACAGCCUUCCACAGGGUGAUGCGAAAGGCAUUCUAGAGGAUGAUGACACCGAUGAGGAGUCUGAUGAUGAUUCUAUUCCUUCCAAUGAAGAACAUAAGGCAAUUAUGGUUGGCUCAAUGUAUCAAGCGAAAAUUCCGCCACUCUGCUCAUAUACCUAUGCAGAAAGAGAAUUGAACUGUGAAGACCAGUUGCUUUGGACUCCAGGUAUUCUGCCAGUGAAAGAAGUAGAGGAAUUCUUGUUAAAAACCCAAAAGCAACAUGGCGAAGAGGAGACGGACACUCCAAGGGAGUGUGUGCGGGACAAUGAACAGGCCCUAUAUGAACUUGUAAAAUGCAACUUCAAUGCAGAAGAGGCACUAAGACGAUUACGUUUCAAUGUGAAAGUAAUAAGUGAAGAGUUCUCUGGCUGGAGUGACGAGGAGUGUAGAAACUUUGAACAUGGCUACCGAGCUUAUGGGAAAAACUUCCAUCUGAUCCAGGCCAAUAAAGUACGCACACGCUCUGUAGGGGAGUGUGUUCAUUAUUACUACAUGUGGAAGAAGUCUGAUCGGCAUGAGUAUUUUACACAGCAGGCCACUCGACUCAGCCGCAAGAAGUACAGCCUGCAGGCUAUGGAGGAUGGUGAUAACGAAGGGGAGGUCGUGGAGCUGGAGACCAGAAACAGUGACUUGUCUGACAGCUCUUUAGGCUCUGGGCAACUCAAGUCACUGGUACCUUCCCAGAUGGGCCGGGACAAACACGAGGAGGAGAGGCGGCCACGUCGCAGAAGAACUCCUCGCUUUCUUUUAAAGCCAUGAAAUGGUCCACACAGGCCACUGAAAGCAGGCUGGGCCUGCAGAUGGUGACCUGAGCAUUGGGCUGAUGGAGUUAUGCAGUGACGGUCAUCCUCCGAAGCAGUUUGGGAAUCCAGACCUUGUCUCACCUGUGGACCUUCCACAAGGUCCUCUUUCAAACAGCUGCUGCCUGUUCCCUGUCCUGCCACAGUAUCAAUCCUCCUCCUUCCAGUGGGGCAGUGGAAGCCCUCCGUCCUGUCAUGGUGACCCAACAUGCCCCUGUUUGUACCAGCUCCACAUGCACGGAACUGAAGCCUUUCUCUGUGGUACUCCUGAGGAGGGAGGGGCUAGAGCUUCUUUCCAGGUAGAAUUCAGCCCUCAGCCCUUGUCUGCUGCGGCCCUGUCCCACCACGACUUUGGCAACCUGUUGAAUAUGCAUGCCGUCCAGCAUCACCACUUUCUCUCACAGUGAAAGGGCAGAAACACACCAUGUGUGCAGUUUGUCCAACACAUUUUAAAGGAUGGACAUUAAAACUUGAACUACUAGUACAUUAAUUUUAAAAGAUGAUUAUGGACAUAUUUUGGUUGGUACUGUCUGACACUUGUCUGCGAUACUGUUCACAACAUUUGUGUUCAUUAAAGCCAAAGGUCUGUUUUUUUUUUUGGUUUUUUUUUUGGAGCCAGACCGGCACAAGGAUGGACCAGAAAAGCUUCAGUUGCAAACCAUAUGAUGAAUCUUGACUAUGGUUUAUAUACCAGAGUCUAUCAAGAUUGUCUAGAUGUUAUCUUUUAUCUGAUUGUUGUGCAUUGCUAAUGAUUAUUAUAAAUAGAGAAAUGAGCAGGAAAUGUAAACUGCUGUGAACUUGAGAUACUGGUGGUGGUACACUCAUUGAACAAAAGUUCUAUGUACUUCUUGUUUUAAACAUUGCUCAAUUGAUCGAUCAGGUGUUGAGGCAGUUUCAGUUGAAGAAAACCUGGUCACUGGAAGUCUUACUACUGGCCCCCGUGGCCAUCAACUCCAUAAUCAACCCUUUUGAAUCUGCACUGUUAACAUUUUCUGACACAUAUUUAUUGGGAAACAUUAAAAGCAAAUAUUUUCAA